UUUAUAUUUGAAUUCCCGUUUUUUUCCCCUCUUGCCUUCUUUGUAGAUUUUACUUAUCACAUUUAAGCAAAUAUCUUUUUCUCCAUCAAUAUAUCAAUAACGUGUGAGGUGAUGGAUUGCCAUAACAAAAUUGGAAAUGAAAGAGUUAAAAAAAAAAAAAAAAGAAGUCAAAAGGGGGAGUUUGAUGUCCCUUGCCAAUCCCCAGUUAUGCAUAAAAAUGCCUUUGAAAUGAAAUCUUUAUCAAAAGAGCCACAAGGUUCUCCUUACAAGGUGUUUUCAAAUAAGCAGACGUUAUUAUCAUACCUCCAUUGGGAAAUAUGCAUUUACUGCUCGGAGAGUGAGAGGCAAUAGGGUAACUGUUAACAAUGUUUUCCCUAGUUAUGGUGCAUAAUUGCGUGCCUCUGUUAUUGCACCUUUCUAUUGCUGCUAAUACAGAGAAAGUCCAUUAGGCAGUGUGCUAAUGUGAGCAGUAGCCUGCAGUGCAGUGGGUGCAUGAGGACCACCGUAAUGAGCGCUAGGCCAUGAAAGAAGAGCAUUAACACUCAAAACAAGCAUACUCAAGCUCUGAAAAAUAGAUGAAAAGAUUAUGCUGCGUUUGAUAUGCUGUUGCAAUGCUGCUGUAGAGCAUAGAAAAAAAAACACGAGUACUCAUACAUUCAAAUAACACAUCGUUUCUUGACAAAACUAUAGGAAAGCAUGCGUUUAUUAACUUAGCUUGUGAUUUUUUUCGUUACGUGGAACUGUAAACAGCAGAUGAUUAUUUUCAUUUGAGAAUAAUCACCCAAAAGAUUAAUCUGGGCAUAAUUAAACAUGUUAAACUCUCUAACUGUUUAAUCACUACCACAGCUGAUCCCUGCGUGCCAUGUCGUAGGGAUGCAGCUGCAGCCAACAGUCCACAGUGGAUUACUCGCUGUUCAUGACCGUUGACUUGUUUCGGCCGUGAACGCGCGCUCCUCCGCGAGCCUCGGUCAUUCUUUUCGACUGUGUUGAUGGUUGCUCCCUGGGUUCCACCGCGCGCAGCCUGUACCUUCGGAUCACUCGUGUUCAGAGCAUGCACGCUGAUUCACUGGUUCAAACAGACUCAGCCGAAGACGUGGCUUUUUCUUUUUCUUUUCUUUUCUUUUUUUUUUAUUUUGCGCACAGCUGUGCUUGUCCAGUUGCAGUGCGGCGUAUCUUUGUCAGUCAGCUCCGUUCCCUCUAACGAUCAUCAUCAUCAUCAUCACCGCGGAAUGGAUUGCUCCGUUUGAUUCCACGAUCUUGGUGAGAUGUUGAGCCUUCUUCAUCAGCUCCCUUCUUACUCUGUGUACACAAGCGGCUUGUCAGGACAGACAGGGUAAAGAAAAGUAUGCAGUAAACAAGUGUCAAGUUGCUUCGGUCUGGUCGAUUGGAAGGAAGGAAGGAAAAGUUGAAGUUGCAGAAAGAGGAUUAUGCAGUGAGUGCCGCACAUAGCUGUGAACAGGUGACUGAAGCGGAGACUGACAUUACGGAGGCCCUUUAGUUUAUCUCCCCCCCACUACCUUCUCUUCCUUUCCCUCACCAUCCACUUUUAAUCCUCCUGUAUUCCCACCCACUUCUCCAACCUCAGCAUGGAUCUGAAGGACCGUAGGCACCGCUCUCUGACAAGGGGUCGUUGCUCCAAAGAAUCCCAGUACAACACCUCUUCCCUUGAUGCAGAUGAGUGUCGUGUGCCUACCCAGAAGUCGUACAGCUCCAGUGAGACACUUAAAGCUUUUGACCACGAGCAGAGGCUUCACUACGGCGGCUGUGUGACCGACCUGGUGCACCAUGAAGCUGAUGAGUACUCCAGGCAAGGGGGUAACUUCACUCUGGCUGAGCUGGGAGUGUGCGAGCCAACUCCCACUCCGCAUCCCGCUGCUGUUCCCUACUGUCCAGACCUGGGACUCCUCCAGAGGGGGUACUCCCUUAGCGCUGGCUCAGAUGCCGACUCAGACCCCGAGGGACCCUUGUCCCCAGAGCGAGCCAUCCAGCUGUGGGCUGGACGUGGAGGGGUAAAGUCUCGCCGCAGCUCAGGAGUAUCCAGUCGUGAGAACUCGGCUCUCACCCUCACCGACUCUGAGAAUGACAAGUCCGAUGAUGAGUCAGGUCGUCCACUCCCUCCAACCUCGUCCUCUACCCUGCUCCCUCCCUCCCUGCCUUCCUCUUCGUCCGUCCCCCAUCACCCCUCCCCCGGUCCGUCUCCACCCAUCAGGGAAUGUCAGGUGCCCCUGCUGGAGAAAAACUCCACCCACUCUCACCUGGAGCCCCACCCGGAUGACACAUACUUGCUCCGAGCCCAGCCCUCCUCCACGGGGGCUGCCAACCACCACAGUCAGUCCACACUACGGCCUCCACUGCCCCCUCCACACAACCACCAGACCUUGUCCCACCAGUCUGCCAACAGCCUGAACAGAAACACCCUCAGAGGGGGGCGUAACCCCAUUCACGCCCCGGCUCCAGGCACCGGAGAUGGGCCAACCACCCCUGAGUCAGUCCAGUUACAAGACAGCUGGGUCCUCAACAGCAACGUCCCGCUGGAGACUAGACACUUCUUGUUCAAGACGUCAUCAGGGACCACCCCGCUCUUCAGUAGCUCCUCCCCUGGUUACCCCCUGACGUCGGGCACGGUGUAUUCUCCGCCCCCUCGCUUGCUGCCCAGAAACACCUUCUCCCGCUCAGCCUUCAAGCUAAAGAAGCCGUCCAAAUACUGCAGCUGGAAAUGUGCUGCUGUGACUGCCAUCGCAGCCGCUGCCCUUCUGGCCGUCCUACUGUCCUACUUCAUCGCGAUCAACUUGCUGGGUCUGACAUGGCAGCUGAAGCCUUCCGACGGCCCUGUGUUAAACAACGGAUUGGGAGCUGGUCUACCUGUCAACAGUGAUGUGGCCACACUGCCCUCUGGAGGCAGAGGUCCAUGGGCAGGCAGGAACAGUAGUAUAGACACUGGCAACAUUGAGGUGGGGAGGCGGGUGACCCAAGAAGUCCCUCCAGGAGUGUUUUGGAGGUCCCUGCUUUUCCUCAGCCAGCCCCAGUUCCUCAAGUUCAACAUUUCCCUUGGCAAGGAUGCCCUGUUCGGAGUGUACAUUCGCAAGGGCCUGCCUCCGUCUCAUGCACAGUAUGACUAUAUGGAGCGCCUCGAUGGGAAGGAGAAGUGGAGCGUGGUGGAGUCUCCGAGGGAGAGGAGGAGCAUUCAGACCGUGGUCCUCAAUGAGGCAGUGUUUGUCCAGUACCUGGACGCUGGUGCCUGGCACUUGGCUUUCUACAAUGACGGUCGGGAGAGAGAGACGGUUUCCUUCAGCACAAAUAUCAUGGAUUCAGUGCAAGAGUGCCCGCGCAAUUGCCAUGGUAACGGAGAGUGUAAUUCUGGUGUGUGCCACUGCUUCCCAGGAUUCCACGGCAUGGACUGCUCUAAAGCGGCAUGCCCAGUGUUGUGCAGCGGCAAUGGCCAAUACGACAAGGGCUCCUGUGUCUGUUACAGCGGCUGGAAAGGGCCGGAGUGUGACGUCCCCAUCACGCAAUGUAUAGACCCUCUCUGCAGCGGCCAUGGCACCUGCACUGAUGGAAACUGCGUGUGCUCCAUAGGCUACAAAGGGCAGAGCUGUGCAGAAGUGGAUUGCUUGGACCCGACAUGUUCCAAUAAUGGCAUCUGCGUGAAUGGGGAGUGCCAUUGUAAGCCAGGAUGGGGAGGGCUCCAUUGUGAGCUGCCCCGGGCCCAGUGCCCAGACCAGUGCCAUGGCCACGGUGCCUUCAUACCAGACACCGGGCUGUGCAGCUGUGACCCCAACUGGAUGGGACCCGACUGCUCCAUGGAGGUUUGCUCGGUGGACUGCGGAACCCAUGGAGUGUGCAUGGGUGGAGCAUGUCGCUGCGAGGAAGGCUGGACCGGUGCAGGCUGCGACCAGCGCGUGUGCAACCCUCUUUGCAUCAAACACGGAACUUGUAAGGACGGGAAGUGCCAGUGCCACCAGGGCUGGAAUGGAGAGCACUGCACCAUCGACCAUGGGAGCAUGGUUGACAAAGCAGACGGCUGCCCUAACUUGUGUAACGGGAAUGGCCAGUGCACCAUGGGUCAGCAGAGUUGGCACUGUGAAUGUCAGACAGGCUGGAGGGGCCCCGGAUGCAGUGUUGCCAUGGAGACCUCCUGUGCUGACAACAAGGACAACGAAGGAGAUGGACUGACUGACUGCAUGGACCCAGACUGCUGCAUACAGAGUCCCUGUCAGAACAGCCCCCUGUGCCGAGGUUCCCGUGACCCUCUGCAAGUCAUUCAGCAGAACCCAAUGUCCCAGCCCCGAGUUCGCUCCUUCUACGACCGAGUCAAAAUGCUGGUGGGACGUGACAGCACCCACAUCAUCCCUGGAGAAAACCCAUUCAACUCCAGCUUGGCAUCACUAAUCCGGGGUCAGGUGUUGACGACAGAUGGAACCCCUCUGGUGGGGGUGAACGUGUCUUUUGUCAACUAUCCACACUACGGAUACACGCUGACACGGCAGGAUGGAAUGUUUGACCUGAUAGCUAAUGGUGGCGCGUCACUGACUCUGCGGUUCGAGCGUGCCCCCUUCCUGAGCCAAGAGCGCACCGUGUGGCUGCCCUGGAGCCAGUUUUAUGCUAUGGACACUCUGGUGCUUAAGACAGAAGAGAACACGAUCCCAGGCUGUGACCUGAGUGGCUUCGUCAGGCCUGACCCUCUUGUGAUUGCAUCCCCUCUCUCCUCCUUCUUCAGCUCCAAGCCAGGGGAGAAACCCAUCAUACCGGAGACACAGGUGCUGCAUGAGCAGAUCGAGGUGCCUGGCACAAGUUUAAAGCUGAGUUAUCUAAGCUCCAGGACCCAGGGUUACCGCUCUCUUCUCAAGGUGACCAUGACUCCAGCUGUGGUGUCCAUGGGCUUGCUGAAGGUUCACCUGAUGGUAGCAGUGGAGGGGCACCUCUUCCAAAAAUGGUUCCAUGCCUCACCCAACUUGGCCUACACCUACAUCUGGGAUAAGACAGAUGCAUAUGGGCAGAGGGUCUAUGGUCUUUCAGAAGCUGUUGUGUCAGUGGGUUAUGAAUAUGAGUCGUGUGCGAGUCUGAUCCUCUGGGAAAAGAGGACGGCUAUUCUGCAAGGCUACGAACUGGAUCCCACUAAUUUGGGUGGCUGGUCACUCGACAAGCACCAUAUUCUCAACACGCGCAGUGGCAUCCUUCACAAAGGCAGCGGUGAGAACAUCUUUGUAACGGAGCAGCCCCCAGUGAUGACUAGCGUCAUGGGAAAUGGCCGCAGGCGCAGUAUCUCAUGCCCCAGCUGUAACGGCCUCGCAGACGGCAACAAGCUGCUGGCGCCGGUUGCCUUGGCAAUGGGCACUGAUGGCAGCCUGUAUGUCGGGGACCUCAACUUUGUACGUCGGGUCUACCCAUCUAUGAACACAACUGGCAUCCUGGAAUUAAGGAACAAAGAUUUCAGGCACAGUAAUAAUCCAACCCAUAAGUACUUCCUGGCAGUGGAUCCCGUUUCUGGAGCGCUUUUCAUCUCAGACACCAACUCCAGGCGGAUUUACCGUGUUCGCUCAUUAACGGGUGGCCGGCUGCUGUCGGACAAUGCUGAGGUGGUGGCAGGGACAGGGGAGCAGUGCCUGCCCUUUGAUGAACGCUGUGGUGAUGGUGGAAAAGCCACUGAAGCUACUCUUAUGAGCCCCAAAGGUAUUGCAGUGGAUAAAAAUGGGCUGAUGUAUUUCGUGGAUGCCACCAUGAUCCGCAAGGUUGACCAGAAUGGCAUCAUCUCGACUCUGCUGGGGGCCAACGAUCUCACCGCCGUCCGGCCGCUGAGCUGUGACACCAGCAUGGAUGUCAGCCAGGUACGUCUUGAGUGGCCCACAGACUUAGCAGUGAACCCCAUGGAUAACUCUCUCUAUGUCUUGGAAAACAAUGUCAUCUUGCGCAUCACUGAGAACCACCAGGUGAGCAUUAUAGCGGGUCGGCCCAUGCAUUGUCAAGUGCCUGGCAUCGACUACAGCCUCAGUAAGCUGGCGAUACAUGCAGCCCUGGAGAGUGCCACAGCCAUUGUCUUGUCCCACACCGGCAUCCUCUAUAUCGCCGAGACAGAUGAGAAAAAAAUUAAUCGUGUGAGACAGGUUAGCACUAAUGGAGAAAUCUCUCUCCUGGCUGGUGCUGCAUCUGACUGCGACUGCAAGAAUGACGUCAACUGCAACUGCUUUUACGGCGACGACGGCUAUGCCCCAGACGCCGGCUUGAACUCCCCCACUUCCUUGGCAGUUUCCCCUGAUGGGACACUUUUCAUCGCAGACCUCAAUAACAUACGCAUCAGAGCUGUUCGGGCAAACCGGCCCGGACCUGCCAUCUCCAGCGUGGGGUACACAGGAUCUGCGCAGUAUGAAGUGGCAUCGCCUAGGGAACAGGAGCUAUAUGUCUUCAAUGGAGAGGGGCUUCACAUCCAGACAGUUAGCCUCGUGACUGGGGAGCCACUUUACAACUUCACUUAUGGCCCUGAUGGCGAGCUGGCCAUGCUGGUGGAUAACUGCAACAAUACUGUCAAGGUGAGGAGGGAUGGCCUUGGACAGGGAGGAGGAGCCGGCCUUCUCAGGCUGGUGCUGCUGCCUGAGAAUCAAGUUGUAACACUUGGACUGGACCCCACCGGUGGGUUGCGGAGUGUUUCUGCCAUGGGUCAGGAGGUGGCUCUGAUGGGUUACAGUGGAAACACAGGGCUCCUCGCCACCAAAGCUGAUGAGACUGGAUGGACCACGUUCUAUCAGUAUGACAGCGAGGGUCGCCUGACCAACGUCACAUACCCAACAGGCAUGGUGACGAGUCUACACCGAGAGAUCGAGCGCUCCAUCAACAUUGACAUUGAGAGCUCGAGCAGAGACGACGAUGUCACCGUCAUCACCAACCUGUCCUCAGUCGAAGCCUCAUACACUGUGGUGCAAGACCAGGUGAGGAACAGCUAUCAGCUGUGCAACAACGGCACCCUGAGAGUGAUGUACGCCAAUGGAAUGGGCAUCAGUUUCCACACAGAGCCCCACAUCUUGGCUGGUUCUGUCAGUCCUACAAUCGGUCGAAGGAACAUCACCCUGCCCACUGACAAUGGCCUAAACUCUAUUGAGUGGCGUCUGCGCAAGGAACAAACCAAGGGCAAGAUCACCGUAUUUGGGAGGAAGCUGAGGGCUCAUGGCCGCAAUCUUCUCUCUAUUGAUUUCGAUCGCAACACGCGUACAGAGAAGAUUUACGAUGAUCACCGCAAGUUCACUCUGCGCAUCAUGUAUGAUGCUCAGGGCCGUCCAGCUAUGUGGUUGCCCAGCAGCAGCCUGGCAGUAGUCAAUGUGUCAUAUUCCACCACCGGGCAGCUUGUUGGACUACAGAGGGGGAGCAUGAGUGAGAGGACAGAAUUUGACUCCCAGGGCCGGAUCCUGUCUCGUUCAUUUGUGGACGGGAAGGUGUGGAGCUACAGCUACCUGGACAAAUCCAUGGUGCUGCUCCUGCAGAGCCAAAGACAGUAUGUCUUUGAGUUUGAUGCCUCAGCUCGAGUCACGGCCGUCACAAUGCCCAGCGUCGCUCGCCACACCAUGUUCACACAUGUGUCUGUUGGUUAUAUUCGCAACACAUACAACCCCCCAGAGAGCAACGCCUCCAUCAUCCAUGAUUUCAGUGAGGAUGGCAGACCUCAGGCCACACAUUACCUGGGCACUGGCCGCCGUGUCCUCUACAAAUAUGGCAAGCUGGCAAAGCUGUCAGAGAUCGUGUACGACAGCACUGCUGUCACUUUCGGAUACGAUGAGACAGCCGGAGUGCUAAAGAUGGUCAGCCUGCAGAGCGGGGGCUUCUCUUGCACUAUCCGCUAUCGUAAGAUGGGCCCUCUUAUCGACAAGCAGAUCUAUCGCUUCAGCGAGGAGGGAAUGGUGAAUGCGAGAUUUGACUACACUUACCAUGACAACAGCUUCCGUAUCGCCAGCAUGAAGCCAGUCAUCAGCGAGACGCCACUGCCUGUUGAUCUCUACAGAUAUGAUGAGAUAUCUGGAAAGGUGGAGCACUUUGGAAAAUUUGGAGUAAUUUACUACGACAUUAAUCAGAUCAUCACCACCGCCGUUAUGACACUGAGUAAGCAUUUUGACACUCAUGGUCGCAUCAAGGAGGUCCAGUAUGAGAUUUUCCGUUCGCUUAUGUACUGGAUGACAGUGCAGUAUGACAGCAUGGGACGGGUGGUGAAGAGAGAGCUAAAGAUUGGGCCUUACGCCAACACCACUCAAUACCGCUAUGAUUAUGAUGGAGAUGGGCAGCUCAGUGGUGUCAAGGUGAAUGACUGGUCAACAUGGCGAUACAGCUACGACCUAAAUGGUAACCUCCACCUGCUGAAUCCAGGAAACAGUGCUCGGAUCUUGCCACUCCGCUAUGACCUCAGAGACCGCAUCACCCGCCUGGGUGAUGUUCAGUAUCGCCUGGACGAAGACGGCUUCCUCAGCCAGCGUGGCUCAGAUGUUUUUGACUAUAACUCCAAAGGUCAGCUGCUGCGGGCCUACAAUAGAGGACCUGGAGGGUGGAGCGUUGUUUAUCACUACGAUGGGCUUGGCCGCAGGGUGUCUACAAGGAACAGCCUGGGGCAGCACCUUCAGUUCUUCUACGCCGACCUCAACCAUCCAACCAGGGUGACACACAUCUUCAAUCACUCCAGCUCAGACAUCUCGUCCCUGUACUAUGACCUGCAGGGCCACUUGUUUGCAAUGGAGGUGAGCAGUGGAGAGGAAUAUUACAUAGCAUCUGACAACACCGGUACACCACUGGCAGUCUUCAGCAGCAACGGACAGAUGAUCAAACAGGUACAGUACACGGCAUACGGAGAAGUGUACCUUGACUCAAACCCAGAGUUCCAGCUGGUCGUUGGUUUCCAUGGCGGCCUCUACGACCCUUUGACCAAGCUGGUUCAUUUCACUCAACGAGACUAUGACGUGUUGGCUGGACGUUGGACCUCACCUGACUACAGCAUCUGGCCCAAGAUCGGAAAAGAUCCUGCUCCAUUUAACCUAUAUAUGUUCAAGAACAACAACCCUCUCAGUGACAUGUUGGAUGUCAAAAAUUAUGUCACAGAUGUGAAAAGUUGGCUGGUGAUGUUUGGCUUCCAGCUUAGUAACAUAAUCCCAGGAUUUCCUCGACACUCGCUCUACUUUGUGGAGCCACCAUACGAGCUGCAGGCCACCCAGCACUGUGAAAAUGGACAGCUCAUCACUGGAGUCCAGCAGGCAGCUGAGCGCCACAACCAGGCUUUUAUGGCCCUUGAGGGUCGCCUGCUCAACAAGGAGCGCCGCAGACGCAAAGACAAACCUGGCCAUUGGUUUGGCACCAGCACCCCUAUAAUAGGGCGAGGAGUGAUGCUGGCACUGAAGGAGGGCCGAGUUGUGGCUGGUGUGUCAGCACUGGCCAGCGAGGACAGCCGCAAAGUUGCUCUUGUGCUCAACGGAGCCCAGUACCUGGAAGGCACUCAUUACACACAGGAUGGGAAGGACUGUCACUACUUUGUGAAAGUAGGGUCUGCUGACAGUGAUCUAUUAGCGUUGGGGCUUACAAACGGGCGUAAGUCACUGGAAAGCGGUAUCAAUGUGACAGUGAGUGGCCGGUCGCGGAGAGGUGUGACCGUGGAGUUUGCAGUUCCAUCUUUGGUACUGAGUGUUCGUUACGGGCUCGCUGUGGAUGUGGUGGAUGAAGAGAAGGUAAGACUAUUGGAGCUGGCCAGACAGAGAGCUCUGGCAGGGGCUUGGGCCAAAGAACAGCAGCGGGCGAGGGACGGGAAGGGAGGCAGUCGCCUCUGGACGGAGGGGGAGAGACAGCAGCUCCUAACAACAGGUAGAGUACAGGGCUACGAUGGCUACUACGUACUGCCUGUGGAGCAGUAUCCAGAACUGGCUGACAGCAGCAACAACAUCCAGUUUCUCAGACAGAAUGAGAUGGGCAGGAGGUAACAGCCCACCUGAACGCACUUGAAGGGCAGACUCCUUCCUCUCUCCCACGUCAACUUGUCUAAAAUCUGUCCCUUUUUCCUACCCAGCCCCCUCAACCUUACUCCUCUCAAAACCUAUGGAGAAUUAACCAACAAACGGGGUCAUUCAUGGAACGCUGCAGGGACUUUUGAAAAGAAUGACUUAUCAAAAGAAAAACUAACAAAAAAACCAACAUAUUGUUCAUUUUACUGCCACAGGCAAAAAAUUUAAAGUUUAGUCAAACUUUUCUUUUUUUUUUUCUCUUUUUUUUCGUUACUUAUUUUUCUUUUUGGAAAAACUGAACAACUGAAAAAGCACUGAGAACUGUUGCUUGAUGAAUAAGAAAAUUCCCCUUUUUAAAAAAGAUAGUGAUAAUUUCGCCCAUAUUUUUUGGGUCACGCUGAGAGCGGCCACGAUAGCAACUGAUCAUGAGGGGGCAGUUGCACUGUGGCAUCUCUGCGAUCGAGGCUUGUCUUGUCUCUCUAUAUAUACACUGAAGGCAAAGGGACCAAACUGGAGACCAAGCCACUCCAGAGUGCAGCCAUUACCACCACACAUCGAGAGCGGACUUCAUGAACAGCAAAAUAAAAGGCAAUGUUAAAGUGAGUCGUCUCCCUGUCUCAGGCCUCCCAUUGUCCACCACGGACCAGUCCUCUGCUGCUGGGGCAGCGCACAUCUAACCAAGCAACACACAGGAUAACGGCAUCCUUGAAAAUCCAAGCUGUUGAUGGACUAGAGAAUAAACUUUUUAAAAAAAAAUCAAAGUUAAAAAAAAGUGAUGGCUAUAUUUGUGGACAGUGGUAUCAAACAGCAUUGUUUAUUUUGCAAUGGGGAGAAGAAUCAUAUUACUACAUAUGUGUCAGACUACACUAAAUUUCAGGAUGUUGCGUAUACUGUAGAUGCCGUAGUUUUGUACGUUUCAGUCGCGGUAGAUUUGUGAGACUUUCACCAAGGCACUUCUGUACAGAACGAUCAAAUUCACUACUCACAGUCCGGAAAACAUAAUAAGUUAGUAUUUAUUUUAUUUUAUUCUUUUUUAUUUAUUUAUUCUUAGUACUAUCUGACAAUCAUGAAUGAGUCACCAGUUGUAUUCGAAAUGAACAUUAAUGGACGGGCUUAUUUUCUUUUGUAAAAUAUGUAAUAAAUGUUCAUUUUGUUUUUGUAUUAAUUUCCGUUUGCUGACAGGGCAAAUAAUAGUCACCCUCAAAAAGAGUAAUUUAUGUAAUAAAGUGUUUUAAAAAAACAGUUUAUACUUUAAAUAAAGUCUUUAAAACUGUGAAAUCUGUUUUUUCGAAGUAUAUUUCGAUGUACAGUGUAUAGACUUACCUUUAUGCAGCACAGUAGAAUAUUGUUCAAGAAUAUCAAGUUUUAUAUUUCUAAGAGGAAGUGGCUUGUAAUGUGCUAAAUCUUUAGCUGGUCUUAAUACUCUAGAGUUUUGUGGCACUCUAAUACUCCAUUAUCUACAAUAUCAGUCCCCAGUCUUUUUGUUUCUGUUUAGUUUCUGUUUGGAGGUAGAUUUUAUCUGCCCUAGAUUCCAACAGCAGUAGCAGUAAUGGAUCCCUCUCACUGUGAGGAGGCUCAAGUUGGAUGUCAUGAUGUACCAAAUCAGUAUUAUCGGAGGAUGAUUCUUAUACAUUCACUGAAACGAGACUCUUCUGAGAACCGUAUCAAUAAAACAUUGUUUACUUCA